AUGCCGCACCGCGACGAGGUCGCCUACGCCACGCUCCUCUCGGGCUAUGCCGCGGCAGCCGACUUCCCGGGCGCCAUGGCGCUCUUCUCCCGCCUCCGCCACUCCUCCCCGCCUCACGCCGCCGCGGACCCGUUCGUCCUCAGCCCCGUCCUCAAGGCCUGCGCUUCCGCCUCCGCUGCCGCCGGCGCCGGCGCAGGGCUCCUCCCCCUCUGCCUCCCCCACGCCGCCGCCACGGCGGCCGCGCUGCACGCGUUCGCCGUCCUUUCCUCCGCCCUGUCACGUGCGCUCAUUGACAUGUACGGAAAGAGUGGUAGCAUGUCAGAUGCUAAUGUCGUAUUUUCCAGUCGCACUAGAGAUGAUGUGAUUUCAUGGACUGCAAUGAUCGUUGGACAUGCUGAGCAUGGUCACAGCAAAGAGGCAUUUAAACUGUUUGAGGAAAUGUGCCAUGUCGGGCUAAAGCCGGACCAUAUUACGUUCAUUGGUGUACUCACUGCUUGCUCUCACGCAGGGGAAGUUGAGCUUGGAUUGAGAUACCUCAAUGCAAUGAACAAAAGCUAUGGGCUGGAGCCUGAAAAGGAGCACUACGGUUGUGUUGUUGAUUUGUUAGCCAGAGCUGGUAGAAUACAUGAGGCUGAGGAGUUGAUUGGAAGAAUUGCUGCUGAUGGAAGAGGUGGUGUGGUUUGGACAUCUUUGCUUAGGGCAUGUGCUGCUCGAGGGGCAGAGGAAACCGGAAAGAAAGCUGCAGAGAGGAUGAUGGAGGCAGAGCCAUGGGGUUCAGGAGCACAUGUGGCGAUGGCGAACCUCUAUGCGCAAGGGGCAGUGGCGUGA